CGGCGGCGACGGGGCUCUGCCUCUACAGGAGCCCAGCGCAGGCCGCAGAGCGGAGCGCCGGGAGCCGAGAGCGCGGGCCGCGGAGCCCGGCCGGCCGGCGCGGAGAAUUGUUCCUGUUGAUGAGUAGCUCCUCUUCUGAUUUGGACUUCUUGAGGCUUUAGAAGCUAGUAGGUGAAAUUGUCUACCUCUAAAGAGAAACAGUGCCUGCUCCUUCAAGACGCAUCUCUCCAUUGCUAUGGAUACCGAAUCCACAUACUCUGGAUAUUCAUACUAUUCAAGCCAUUCAAAAAAAUCUCACAGACAAGGGGAGAGAACUAGAGAGAGACAUAAAUCGCCCCGGAAUAAAGAUGGCAGAGGGUCAGAAAAAUCUGUCACCAUUCAACCUCCCACUGGAGAGCCCCUGUUGGCAAAUGAUUCUACUAGGACUGAGGAGGUUCAGGAUGACAACUGGGGAGAGACCACCACGGCCAUCACAGGCACCUCAGAGCACAGCAUAUCCCAGGAGGACAUUGCCAGGAUCAGCAAGGACAUGGAGGACAGCGUAGGGCUGGAUUGCAGACGCUACUUGGGCCUCACCAUUGCCUCGCUCCUUGGACUUCUAGUUUUCCUCACCCCCAUUGCCUUCAUCCUGUUGCCCCCAAUCCUGUGGAGGGAGGAGCUGGAGCCUUGUGGCACAAUUUGUGAGGGACUCUUUAUUUCUGUGUCAUUCAAACUCCUCAUUCUGCUCAUCGGGACCUGGGCACUUUUCUUCAGAAAGCAGAGAGCAGACAUGCCCCGGGUGUUCGUGUUCCGCACUGUUUUGUUGGUCCUCAUCUUUCUUUUUGUGGUUUCCUAUUGGCUGUUUUAUGGAGUCCGCAUUUUGGACUCUCGGGACCGAAAUUACCAGGGCAUCGUGCAAUAUGCAGUCUCCCUCGUGGAUGCCCUCCUUUUCAUCCACUACCUGGCCAUCGUCCUGCUGGAGCUCAGGCAGCUGCAGCCCAUGUUCACACUGCAGGUGGUGCGCUCCACCGAUGGGGAAUCCCGCCUCUACAGCUUGGGCCACCUGAGUAUCCAAAGAGCAGCUUUGGUGGUUCUGGAAAAUUACUACAAAGAUUUCACCAUCUAUAACCCAAACCUCCUAACAGCUUCCAAAUUCAGAGCAGCCAAACACAUGGCCGGGCUGAAAGUAUACAAUGUCGAUGGCCCCAGUAACAAUGCCACUGGUCAGUCCCGGGCUAUGAUUGCUGCAGCCGCCCGGCGCAGGGACUCAAGCCACAAUGAGUUGUAUUACGAAGAGGCUGAGCAUGAGCGUCGGGUAAAGAAGCGGAGAGCAAGGCUGGUGGUGGCCGUGGAAGAAGCAUUCAUCCAUAUCCAGCGUCUACAGGCCGAGGAGCAGCAGAAAGCCCCAGGGGAGGUAAUGGACCCCAGGGAAGCAGCACAGGCCAUCUUCCCAUCCAUGGCCAGGGCACUCCAGAAGUACCUGCGAACCACUCGGCAGCAGCACUACCACAGCAUGGAGAGCAUCCUGCAGCACCUGGCCUUCUGCAUCACCAACAGCAUGACCCCCAAGGCCUUCCUAGAACGAUACCUCAGUGCAGGCCCCACCUUGCAGUAUGACAAGGACCGCUGGCUCUCUACGCAGUGGAGACUUAUCAGUGAGGAGGCUGUGACUAACGGGUUACAGGACGGAACUGUUUUUGUCCUUAAAUGCUUGGACUUCAGCCUCAUUGUCAAUGUGAAGAAAAUUCCAUUCAUCAUCCUCUCUGAAGAGUUUAUAGACCCCAAGUCUCACAAGUUUGUCCUUCGCUUACAGUCUGAGACAUCAGUUUAAAAGUUCUAUAUUUGUGGCUUUAUUAAAAAAAAAGAAUAUAGAGAGAGAUAUAUAUGUCCAGAGGGGUGUCUUUUUUCUACAUGUUUUUAUUCUUCAUUGCUGACUGAAGCUGGCAGAUGAUAGACCAGUAUCCUUUGACCAUCUGCACUUUAUUUGGAAGGACGCAGGAGAUGUCCACCUCGACAGAGUGACCGGUGGCAUCUUCACUUUGGAAGGUGGGACUUCUGGAGAAGCCGAUGCUGUAAACCAAAGCGGAGCUGUUAUGUCCUUGGGAGCCUCGCCUUACGACUAGUCCCUGACUCAGCCCGUCCCAUAGCCCCAUCACUUCUGGUCGACCGCCUUGAAGAUUCUAGGGGACCCAUCUCUCCUCUGUUCCAGGAACCCGGACACUGCACCUCCGUGUGCAUGCGCAUGUGUCAUCAUCUGCAUCACCGGAUUCCCUGUGGGAGUUGGAGCUGUUUAGGAGAUGCCUGCCUUCACCUUUGCUCUUUGUUGCCUUAGAUUCCUCAGAGAAAGAUCCCAACAAAAAAUUCACACUAUCAGGUUACAGCUAUUAAGUGAUUCACUUUUGUUUUUUCCCAAAGAGAAACCUACCUGCCAUGUCUCUGUCUGAUCCUGUUCGGCUCCUAGGCCUGGGACUUCCCACCCUGGCUCCGGUCCACCCCAUCCACCUGAGCAGACUCCCCACAGCCCCUCCUGAUGUGCAGCUCUAGCCAGAGCUGCUGGACCCGGCUCUCCAUGUGUGCCCCGCAAGCCCUCUGCACAGUCUGGAUGCCACCCAUCCUAGACUGUCCCAUUGGGAAGUAUUGUGUGGCCUACCAGAUAGAAGACGGGAGAGCCAGCCAGCUGGAAUGCCUCUUUUAGGCUGCAGCCAAAGCUUACCCAACCCAGUCCUCCCCCUGCACCAUACCGAGCAGGGGGAACUAACACUGUGACUCUGGGGUUGGCAGGUGCCUCUUGGAGCCAUCUGAUUUCCCAGGGAGGUGAGUCGUCACGAAGCUUAUCCCAAGCUGCCCUGCCGAGGGAGACCAAACAGUGCCAACCACGCUGGCGGCUACUGCUGUCCAGCCCUGUGUUUUCUAAUCACUGUCACUGUGCACCUUAUCACCUCAGCCACUUACUACCAGGAGCGGGGCUGGCAUGGCUUCUCCAAGCUUUCAGUCCUUGGUCACAUGGAGGCGAGUAGAUGCUGUGGAGUUUGGAGAAAGGAGAAUAGGGAGCCAGUCUCCUGGGUUGGAAUGGUUCUUCUGUGAUCUGUUUCCUAUGGGCCACAUCCUACACCUUGCAGUGGGUAAUCUUUGCCUCUCUUUGCCUUCCUAUGUCUGCAGCAAACCUUUAAAAAGUGUUCACUCUCUCAGAUCUUUAUGAUAGUUACCUUGCUUCAGGAUGAUGCUAUCAAAUGCUCUCUGUGUAUGUGUAUAUAACCUUAUUGUCUUAUGCAUUCCACAAGUGGUACAGUGUCUCGUGUGCCAUUUUAAAAAUCAUGGUUGGCUUUGGGUGUUUUAGUACACCUGUACUGAGAAAGCAAACAUUAUUCUUGAAUCAACAGCCUUCAGCUAAAAAAGAUGCAUUGGAGGAGAAAGAAAGAAGGGGAAACCCAAGGUGUGGCAUGGAGCCAAGAUGUACUGUCUAGUGUCACAGUUCUGUUUAUGAAAAACACAUAUCAUGUAACCAUGGUGCUUUUGUUCUUAGUUUUUGCCUCUAGCUCCCUUCAGACUGGAAGUUCCUUAUGACAUCUUUCUCAGGAAAUACUUUGGGAGAUAGGGUAAGGAGCAGUGAAUGUGUGUGAAACUUUGACUGGGUAAAGGGGCUAAUGUCCCAGACUACUUGCUGCACAUAAAUGCGGUGCAGUUGGAAGUGCUGUAUUUGUAAAACAAUAAUGACACUGUUCAUCAGCAUCGAAAAAUACUGUGCUUCCAGCCCUAUCUUAAAUUGCCAGUCCAGAAGGGGUUGCGUUAGAUUCAUUCACUAUUGCGCGUACGUUCCCAGGAGGUGAAGAUAGGUUUAAACUAAAGAAUUUAUUUUCUCUUUUUCUCUGACUCUUUGCAUAGAAGAAUGUCAGACUUUCCGAAAUUACUGUUUCUUUUUAAAUUGGAUAUCGAUUUUUUUAACACUAACUUUGUAUUGAGUGCAUUUUGAAGGAAUAACAAAAUCAAACACAGGAGUCUUGUAAAGCCUUUGCACUUUCAACCUCCAAAGAGUUACUGGUGCAGUGGGAGCCAGGUAAAUGGCUUUUAAAAAAAGUAAGGCUGCAGAAAGCUGAACCACACAAUUGAACACAGUAAAGUUUUAUGCCAGUUCUUGGAACCUGUAGGCCAUACUUUGUAAAGGGGGUAAACUGUACCCUAAGGCUAGUAAAAUGUGUGUUUGUAUUAGAGGAGACAGGAUCUCAUUUAUCUUAAAUGUUUAUAGAUUUUCUGUAGCUUUCAACUUAAGUUAUUAAAAUUCUAACAUGAACUGUGAAAGGGGAACUUAAUGAGGAGUGUAGGUCUGAGAUUGCUGUCUUCCCUGGUGGUGUUGUAACCAGUAGAUAAUGUUUGUUCAUAAGUGUGUGCUUGUAAAAACAUGGCAGUUUUUUAAUAGAACGUGAAGUGAAUGUUAAAAUUAAAAAGUGCAUUCUGGGAGUUGGGAUUUUAAGGUUAUGUAGUUCAUCCAUCCUUUGAAUUAUCCAUUAAGUCAAAAUGCAUAAGCCCUUUGCUAAAGUUCAUAAAGUAAGCCCUAGAGAAUGCUCAACCGCCAAUUUUUUGUCCAGCUAUUAUUACCUCCCUUUCUUCCUCUUGGUCUUUCCCCUUUGAAAUGUACAAAAAGGACAGAUUCUUUUCAGCAAAGCAUGAGAGUAGAUGGCUCUGGUGUGUUUACCACAUUGCAGUUCAUUGCAGGAGUUUGAGACUCCUUUUUAAUGGAGGGCCUGGCCGUGUUGGUGUGUUGGGUAGGGAAGGGGUGCUAAGCCUGCCCCUCUCCCUGCAGUCUGUGGUGGCCCUUGGCUCUCUUUAGCAUCUCAUUGUGUUCAGUGUGGGUAUGUAUAAAGUGGCUGUAGUUUUGCAAGAUGCCACCAGCAUAUUGGACUAACAAAUGGAUCACCAGCCCAUGGACUGAGUGUUCCAGUCCCCCAGUGAAACUGACAAAGUUGGGUCCUUGCCUGGCCCCUGCUGUGGAAGGCUCCUUGCGUGAGGAUGCAUAUUUGAGUGUGGAUGUCUGUGUCCGUGUCUGUGAGCAUGUUUCUGAAUGUGUGAGGGUGUAUAUGUUUCUACAUUUGCCCUGUGUGUGGGGAUUUCCCAAGCUCCUGGCUUUUGGAAGGCGAUUCUAAAACCAGUUUCUUCUUCCUCCCCUACUUUAUUCCUUUCCCUGAGUUAUGCUGGCUUCUCACCCAGGAGUAAUGGGCUCAGCAAUAUCUCCUGGACACCCGCUGUCCUGCAGCCAUGCCCAUGCUCUUCUGUCUUGCUUUAGGACCCUGUGACCCAGAACAGCAAGAAACAAAGAAAGGUCAAGAUCUGUGAGAAUUACUGCUCAAACUUCACUACCCUGGAAGCCUUACUAUAUAUAUAUAUCUUAAUAUAACUCAGAUAAAAAGAAAAGGAAAACCAAUGAUUGGUUGCUAAAAGCACAGAAAUGUUAACAUAUUUAUUUAACUAGUCCUGCAGCAGAGACUCGAUUGUAAAGUGAUGUAUUUCUGGGUUGUAUUUGUGCUUUAUGGAUCUUGUUACAUACAAAAAAGAAAUCACCACUGUGAAUUUAUUACUGUAUAACUUUGUCAUAUUCCAUGAUAGAUAAAACAUGGGCUAUUAAGCCCAUAGUACACUUCUUGAAUGAUAUUCAGCAUAGCUGAGUCAAGGCAGGUUAGGUACUUCAUCAAGCCACUGUAUUAUGCUUUAAUCAAAAAGAUACUCAGUUAAAAUUUUGGAUCCCAUUUGACAAAGCAUUGUAUUUUGGUCAUGGAAGGAAGGGAAGUGUACUAACACAUUUUUAAGGUAUUUUGUGUCAGAUACUUACUGCUCUACACACCUUUUAAUUCCCAGUUCUUUUGAGGUAGGCAUUAUCUGCUUUACAGGUGAGAAAAAGGAAGAUCUGACUCUUGGCUAGUAUAUGGAAUUUCAGAGAAGUGUUUUAUUCUGGUCUCUCUGCCCACUUCACCUUGAAGCAGGAUGUAGGGUCUGACAUUUCUGGAUGCAGAGGAGGGACCUAGAGACACCAUCUUGAAUCAGGACCCAAGGCGGGGUGUUCAUGGGAGAUGGGACUGCUUCUUUCACUUUGGGUCUAUACCCUGUGGUCUCUCAGGACACUUCUCCAGCAUACCAGCAGGUUUCCGGGGAUAGGGGGAAGAACCUGAGAAUGACCUUUCUCCCAGGAAAGCCCAGCCCUGUCAGUGUUGCAGCUGCUGCAAGACCCAGAGGUGCCAUGUUCCCGCAGACACCCUGUGCUCUUGUCUCUCCUACUCUCUGCCGCUCCUGCUGAUGUGGACAGAAUGUGCAUGGGCCUUAGGCUUGAGGGAGGAGUGGUAGGGGCCUGAGCUGGCCUCUUGCUGGUUUAGGGCCAGGUCCACUCCCUUCUGCAGGGGAAGGAAGGAGAAGAGUAUCUGUAGGCUGCCCUGGGAGGCCUGGAGCUGGAGGUUCUCCUGUAUCCUCGACAGCAUGUUCUCAGCAAGCCAUUUGAGCCCAGUUUCCCUGAACUUGCCCUCAGAACUCUGGGAAGAGUUCCUCUAUUCUGCUGUCUGAGUUUUCAUUCAUGUGUGCAUAAACCAUCUUUCUCUGUCCUAAUGUUUCAGUGGAAGAUGAGAAAGAGUGGCACUCACGUCCCUCAGCCGUGCUUCUCAUUAGGAAGUUGAGAUUUCAAAGUGAGGGGGCAGAAAUGCAAAACUACUGAGUAAAUUUAGAUCUUAGGACUCAGUCCUUUUCACUAGGACCUGUCCAGUAUCCCGUUGGGUAACCCAGUUUGUUUUGCCUGUGAAAUAAAUCUCUUUGGAGGGCUGUUAGAGGGUCUCUCCAAACCUAUAGACUCCUAAAGUCCCAGCAGCAGGGGGCAGGUUACUUGCAUUAUGGUGCUGAGAGUCCACAGUUGAUGUCUCUCAGAAACAGCAGUGUUCUGUCUUUGUCUUAGUGGAAUAAAGACAUUUAUUUUAGCCUUGGGGACAAAUGCAACAACCCCCCAGGCUUUUAUCUUAAGGGUGACUUUGGUUCAUCUUUUGGCACUGAAACAGUACUGGGAUGCAUAUUUGAAUGUACAGUUGUCUGGUUUUGUGGGUCUGGAUUUAUGUGAGCUUUCACUUGUGGCUAGGAGUGUUCAUUGUGAAACUGCUUAGCAUUUAGGUAUUUUAAACCCUACACAGCCCUUAGCCUAGAAGAGCACUGUCAUCUGAGAGCACUGAGACUGUCUCAGGGAAUUAGUUGUGCGGAUCUGAGAUGCAGACGAUAAGUUCAGUUCAGCUCAUGUAUAGGGCAUUCGAACCUGUGUGUCAUCACUGUGGGUGUAGGCGAGGAAGGAAAUGUGGCCAGUGCUUUCUUGUGUCAGUGCCCCUCGGUUGUAGGAGUAAUGAAAUCUUACCAUUGGUCAUCAUUCUUUUUUUUUUCCUUUCAAAAGGAACAUAAAAAAAUCUAAACUUUAAUUAUAUUUUUGUUUCCAGGGCUAGAGAUCAAACCCAGGAGCUUGAAUGUGCUAGGCAAGUGCUCUACCACUGAGCUAUAUCUCAAGCUCUCUUUUGUUUUAUUUUGAAAUAGGGUCUCACCUUGUUGCCCAGGCUGAACUCGAACUCAUGGUCCUCCUGCCUCAGCCUUCCAAGUAAUUGGGAAUACAGGUGUGUGCCACUGCCAGUUCAUUUCUUAUUUUUACAGUAGAUUCAUUCUAGGUUUUAAUUAAAUGGCAAACUCCUCUGGUCUAAAUUAUGCCAUGCUUAACCAAAUUUAAUUUGCAAGAUACCAUUCAUGAACUGUUUCAUAGAGAACCUGGCACCAGCAAGGAUGAGAUGGGGAACAUAAACUGACUCUCUGGGGCAGUGAAUUUAACGCAUUUCUUGGAUGUCUGCAUCCUCAAUGAAGGUGUUAGUGAGAAAACCAGAGAGGCCUGGGCCAGGUCUUACUUGAGAGGUUAUUUCACAAUUGCCUUUGUUAGCAAGACUUUACAGUUUUGAAUUUUGAGUGCAGCAUUCAUCCAGAAAGUUCAGUGAUGAAACCAUCAGUCUCUGUGUGCUGGAGUCAACUGUGAAAAAGUGAUUGGAUUCCUUUUGUGCUGUUUCUGAUUACUAGUUACUACUGCAUGUUACCAGGAAGGACAUGUUUGCUAACUAACCUCUGCUUACCUGUCACCAAAUGCGUAUGACAGUCUAAGUAAUGUGUUGCUGUAUUAACUGGGCGUGGGCUCUAGUGGGACAUUUCUGAACAUGUGAGUGAAUUACACUACCAGCAACCAUCCGUACAAGUCCAUUUUCCUAUUUCCAUAAAGUUUAUGCUAUGAAACUUCUUCUCACUGUGAUAGGAUCUGUCAUGGACACAGUGUUCCUGGUAUCUAAGUUAUUUUGUUCUCUUUUGGGUCCUCCAGUUAUAGCCCUUCUCCAUCCCAAUUAACUAUAACACAUUUUUUAAACACGUUAUGUUUUUUAUACUGUAAACUUGAAAAAUAAAUUGAAAUCCCAAAUUGUA